AUGGUGACAAAUCAGCCAACAACCGUGCCAUUCUUCGGGCCUUGCCAAUUCCCGUCACCGAAUAGCAAUCAGCCUGACCAGCUGAAGGAGGUGAGUAAUGACAAGAGCAUAGGUAUCCAACGACUUCUCACAUGUGCUGCUUGCGAAUAAUUUGUUUAGACUCUUGCAAAUUAUCAAAAUUUUAGGAUAUCAAUUCUUUAAAGCUUCUUUGACUUCCUGUCCUAAAAACGUUUUGAAGUCCUUCACAGCAGGGAAACGGCCCAAGAACCUAUGCAUAAUAUGUUAGUUACGGGAACCCAAAGCCGUCGUUUCGGGACAUAAACUCGGUUGUUAAGGCGGUUUGGUUUUGAAAUUACGACUUUAACGAUGUCAAUAGUAAACUGCAGGAGUUCAUUUGUCAAAACAGCGUUAUGAAAGGAUCACAUAGUUGUGGGAUUAAAUUGUAAUGAAACCCGGGAUAAAAAUAUACCAAUUCUUUUGUAAAAAUUAGCUCACGUUUUGCAAGAACAAACCGCAAUUUUUUCGAAAUGUUGGGGAAAGUUCCAGACUUAUGCGCAUUGAAGACAGCUACUUUAGUUUUGGACCGGGCAACAUCUCUACAAAAAAAAUUUUCACGCAAAGUUACCGGAGAUAUUGGCAAGACUUCUUUUCACCGUUAUUGCUCUUUCAAUUUGAGUAACUUACGGUGGCAAAGGCCGUUCAAUAUCUCGGCUGCCUCUUCAGAGCGCGAGUUACAAUUUGUCGCAAUUGAUACGUGGCUUGUGAAUGACCAAAAAACGUAUUUUAGUACCUGAAUGUCUGCAACAUUCGGCAGCACCUCAAAUUCAUCUGCGACUUGCAUUACCAGUUCAACCAGAUGAACGUUUAUCCGAUCGUCAAGGCCUUCGAAACUCAUAAAAGUGUCUUACAAACAAAUGGGAAACAUAAUCUUGGAAUUUUGCUUGGUAUGAUUUUUAAUUAAAUCCAAUGAAAAAAAUUUGCUUUUAGAAAGGCUUUCAACUUUGGGGUUUAGUUCUAACGCCUUACUUUUAGUCCGUCAAUUAGCUCAACCGGUAUCGCCUGAUUAUGUAACCGAAGAAAGCGCCGAAUUUGGGUGCCUUUUCCAUGCACCAUGUCAGCCAAUGACUCCAGAGCUGGUACAAAAAUACGUGUUUACAACUAAGACAUUUACCAAAGUAAGUCCAAAUUAUCAACCCUGAUUAUAGACGCUCUUGCUUUCCAUACACGUAUAUCCAAGUCACUUUGUUGCUGUCAAUGUUAUAAUGCUAAUCAAACUUCGCUUUAGGUUUUUACCACUGCUUUGUUUGGUCGCUGGUUCCCAUCCGCAUAUUGCCCGCAGCCCAAGGCUCUCGUUGUGAUCGUGACUGACGGAAUUCUGGGCGAUACAAGGAAAUUAACGUCAGUCAACGUUUAUACAGGUAAGCAUAGUUGAAAUAAAAUUAUUGUGGUCUUUUGCGUUACAGACAACCCACGAUUUAGCCCAUUCAUAAUGAAUAUCCAGCUGGAAACCGCGAAUACACUUCUGCAAGGUAAAACAUUUUCUUUUUAUAGGGCCAGCGACUUUUGUCGCGCUUUUCGCGGCCUGUAUAAGGAAAUGUCAAUAAUGUUUUUUUUUGUAUCAUGCUGCGAAAAAAUAUGAUUUUAAUGCGGCAUAAUUAAGUUUCUCGGCUUUUCGUGGCAAGAAAGUGCUCAUUAUUUUUCCGACAAACUGAUAAAUGAAUGACAAGUUGAAGUAUAGGCGACGCACCUCAAGCCCUUAACCUGAGCGUUUUUGCUUUUAGGGGUUCCAGUUGUCGACGCAAUCGCCGAAACUAUCGACCAGCUCGGGUUUGCGUUCCGCGAAUAUUAUGCAACUCAAGGCGAACCCAGGCGGCAUGUCAUCCCGAUGUGGGCGUGGGAAAUCGCGACAGUCAGUGUGGUCUUGGUGGUGUUUGCUCUGGCCGUGGAGUGGUAUAUUGUGCGGCGAAAGAUUGCCAGUAAACGAUCUAUUUCCGGUGUCAAAGUGGACGCCGUCCGCUCCAAGACCCACUUGAUAUUCUAG